UUAAUUUGGCAAAUUUUACUAUUCAUUUCCUUGACCUUGACAUAUUGGAACCCGCCGGUGCCGUCUUAAUCCCUCAAUCCAUCGUGUCUCUCACACCUUUUCAAUAUCGUUGUUUUUAACGGAGACGACCUACAAGUACGUGCGGCUGUUCAAAAUUUACUUGUGAGGCGUACAUCAAGGUGUUGGAUUGAGAAAACUAGAGGCGACCUGCAAGUACGUGCGGCUGUACAGAGGUUACUUGUGAGGCGUCCAUCAAAGUGGUGGAUUGAGAAAACGGGUCGGUGAGGCGUACCUUCUAGUAAGUGUUCCAGUUUUAGCAGUAUUUGAUUUGAUCCAUGAAGAAAGUUAGAAACUUGAAGAAGAGAUUGGAAAGACCCGUCGAGUUGGGGAAAAUCAACAUUGAGACUAGGGUUCAAGAUAUCGAUUGGGUUUGCUCCCUUUCAGAGUCUGAGAUUGAUUUUAUGAUUAGUUUGAAAUUGUUGAUCAGGAAGCGAGCAGAAAAAAUAGGCUGUAAAAACUUGGCUGACAGAUUUGACCUUAAGACGAUUCGAGCUAUUGCAUUUGUUUUGAUGGAAAAUCUCAAAACAGAGGUAAAAGAUACAUCACUUGUACCAGACACGAUAAAAUCUAUUGCUUUCUUAGAUGCGUGCAACAUACUUAAAUGUAGUGAUGAGGUUUCUGCAACUAUUGAAGAGCUUAGUACAGCUGUUGGUGCUGAUAUACAACCAAUUCUAACAAGUUCGCCGCCAACUUCCAAACGAAAGAAGCAGAAAGUUGGAAGCAAUGAAUAAAAGAUUUUGUCCCGGGAGGACCUGUAAUUUAUUUGCUUAGCAUUAAAGAUUUUGUGCAAGAUUGUAUAGAUGUGUGAAAAAACCAGGGCUGAAAAUGAAGAUAUGAAAUUUUGCAAUGUUUCAAUGAGAUUUUUUUUAGAAUAA